AUGCCUCAAUCAUCGUCAACUUUUAUAAAUGAAUAUACUUUACCUGAUGUGGUGGAAAAUUCUUCCUCGCGUGCCAGUAAAAUGACAAUUAAAGAAUACAAGAGAAUAGGAGAAGGUGCAUUUGGUACUGUUGUUGAAGCUAUGUUGAAAUAUGAAACUAAUUCGUCUAAAGGAAAUGAUGGCACUGGGUCACAUUUACUUGGCCAUUUCCGUCAUCAUAGCCAUAGCGACAAGGAUAAUAAUAAUACAACCAACAACAACAAUAAUAACAACAAAGAUGGUGAAUGGUUAGGACCAUUUGCUAUUAAACGAGUCCCUGCACAAACUGAAUAUAAAUCACGAGAAUUGGAAAUUUUACGAUUUGUCAGCCAUCCUAAUAUUGUCAGUUUACGAUUUUUUUUCGAUAAGAAAAGUUCUUCUGAUAAUAAAGUUUAUCAAAAUUUAGUAAUGGAAUGUUUACCAUCAAAUUUACAAUCAGAAAUCAAAUAUUAUCGUCAAUCCAAAUACACUAUUCCAUAUCCCCAUAUGAAAGCUUAUACUUUCCAAUUGGCUCGAGCCAUGCUCUAUUUACACGGAUAUGGAAUCAGUCAUCGAGAUAUUAAACCAUCAAAUAUACUUGUUGAUCCAAACACGGUGAGAUUGAAAAUUUGUGAUUUUGGAUCUGCAAAAAAAUUAGAACCAAAUCAACCUUCAGUGAGUUAUAUAUGUUCAAGAUAUUAUCGUGCUCCUGAACUAAUUGUUGGAUGUUCUUUAUAUACAACCAAAAUUGAUAUAUGGGGGUUAGGAUGUGUUAUUGCGGAAAUGUUCUUGGGUAAACCAAUUUUCCAAGGUCAAUCACCUGAAUCUCAAUUGAAAGAAAUUGCUAAACUUUUAGGUCCGCCACCAAAUACUUUUUUCUUCAAAAGUAAUCCUCAAUAUCGUGGUAAUAUGUAUACUACAAGAUUAUUCAAUUGUAGUAUAGAAGAAAGAUUUAAACAAAUUUUCAGUAAUUCACCACUGGAUGCAAUUGAUUUAUUGAUGAAAAUAUUGGUUUAUGAUCCUGAUGUAAGAGCUAGUCCUAGAAGAGUGUUGAUACAUCCAUUUUUCGAUGAAUUGAAAUCUUCACAAUUUAAAGUUUAUCCUCGUGGGUCAUCUACUCCAAUUGAAUUGCAUUUAUUUAAUUUUAGUGAAUAUGAAUUGGAAUUAUUGGGAUCUUUGAAAAAUGAAUUUGUGAAAUCAUAA